AUGGAUCUGGGCCUCCUGAGGCUCAUGGAUUUGCCCCAGGGCAAGAACAAGGCCCUUCGGGGAAACCGAGGAAGUAGCUUUGCCCCAGCCACCCGGCGCCAGCGAGAGUUCAUGCCGGAAGAGAAGAAAGACAACACCUACUGGGAGAAGAGGCGCAAAAACAAUGAGGCAGCCAAGAGGUCCCGAGAGAAGCGACGUUUGAACGAUGUGGCUGUGGAAGGUCAACUGGCUGCUCUCAGGGAGGAGAAUGCCUUGCUCCGGGCUGAGCUGAUGGCCCUCAAACUUCACUUUGGCCUGCUGGGCCCUGGCACGCCCCAUGCCCUCCAGGCCUUGCUGUGGAAUUGCCCCUGGGCAUCCUCCCGGGGCCCUAAGGGGAAACUAGCACAACCAGAGCGAGUAUCCUUCAGGCCAUGCAGCCCAGAUGCCAAGGAGCUGGUCUGUAGGGAUUAUGGAGGUUCCCACAAGGUGGGGGGCCUGGGCUCCCCAGGGCUCUCUCAUGAGCUGUCAGCUGAAGACCCCAAAAGACUGGACUCAGCUGUCUGCCCCCCGGCGUUCUUCAGCUGCCACCUUCUGGAUGGGCACAGCACCCAUCUGCCUCUGCUGGAACCUAGCCCAAAGUGGGGGGCUUGGCCACCCGUUCCAACUGGCCAAGGAAAGAGCUCUGGGCACUGGGUCUUGGGCACCAGUGACGGACCUUUGGUGGCAAAGUCCAGUUCUGUGGCACCAUCCUCUGGAACACCCUGCCCCUAUCCUGGGGAAAGACCCAAGACCACAGCUCAGUCCUCUCUGCCCCAUAAACUUCGCAUCAAGUCCCGGGCUCUGGUACACUGGGAGGACAGUGCUUCCAAUUCCUUCUGA